AAAAAUACAAAUCUAACACUUUUGUAAUGUGCUUUUUAAAGCGAAAAAUUGCACUACAAUAUUGUACAUUAAAAUAACAAAACAUACAGUAAUCAAAUAGUUAAAUCGAAUGUAAAUAAACAGUUAGCGUAUGGUAAUUAGCUUGUUGUGCGACUUGGCCACCGGGGGCAGUAUAAUACAGUCAUGAAGGGGAAAAAAACAAGACUUUCGCAACUACUGCAUUGUGAGUGACCUAGCACCUCUAAACUGCAGCAAUAUUAGUCGUUUUUCGCAGCGGAUCAUGAACGUUGUUGCUUAUCUGUAGCUUGAUUACGUCUAGCAAGCCAUCAAAGAGUAACAUGAACAACAUGGUUGCCCUGUGCCCGCGCCCCCACGUCAAUGCUGUAUGCAUCUACCUCUCACUCAUCUCCUGUCUUAUUACCGCUCCCAGUAUUUGUCUUUCGCUCUCUCCUCUUUUUUCCCACUUCUGUCUCCAACUGUACCUCUCGCAGUAUUUGUCUACCUCUCUCCUACUCCUACUCCUACCUCUCCCUCGCUCCACUAUUUGCCUUUUUUUCUCUCUCUCUCCAUGGCAUUCACAGUGCCUGUCGCCCAUCCGGGAGGAGGGCCGAAGUCAUCCUGCCGGUGCUGCUGCUGCUGGAGGAGGAGGAGGAAGAGGAAAGGGGGGUGGUGGAGGUGGUGGGAGGAGGCUGACGGGCCAACGAGCUCCCUCUUCAGAGCCUUGCAGCAGCAGGAAGGAUGGAGGCAGAGGAAGAAGGACAUUUCUAAGCCUCCCAGUUCUAAGCCUCCCGGCACCAAUCCGGCAAUUCUGAAGGGAAGGAUGCGAGUGGAAAUGAUCCGGGCCGCCCGUUUGCUGCAGCCUUGAAUACAUUCAGAUCCCCCAUGGAGCAGGAUGUGGAGAGCCCAGCCAUCAGCAGACACUCCAAGUUCGGCGAGCCGGCCGGCAAGGAUCUGCCCAAACAGCUGGCAGCGAUGGACCGGGCCCGGAAGGUCCAGCGCUACGUCCAGAAAGACGGCAAGUGCAACGUCCACCACGGCAACGUGCGCGAGACGUACCGCUACCUGACAGACAUCUUCACCACGUUAGUGGACCUCAAGUGGUGCUUCAACCUCUUCAUCUUCGUCCUGGUGUACACGGUCACGUGGCUCUUCUUUGGCUUCAUGUGGUGGCUCAUAGCAUACCUGCGGGGGGACCUUGACCACUUAGCGGACAACCUUUGGACUCCGUGUGUCAAUAAUCUUAAUGGGUUCGUAUCAGCCUUUUUGUUUUCCAUCGAAACAGAAACCACCAUCGGUUACGGAUACCGAGUCAUCACAGACAAGUGCCCAGAAGGGAUCCUUCUGCUCCUGAUCCAGUCUGUGCUCGGAUCUAUCGUCAAUGCCUUCAUGGUGGGCUGCAUGUUCGUCAAGAUCUCGCAGCCUAAGAAGCGCGCUGAGACGUUGGUGUUUUCCACCAACGCCGUCAUCUCCAUGAGAGACGGACGCCUGUGCCUGAUGUUCCGGGUCGGGGACCUGCGCAACUCGCACAUCGUGGAGGCCUCCAUCCGGGCCAAGCUGAUCAAGUCUAAGCAGACCAAGGAGGGUGAGUUCAUCCCCCUGAACCAGACGGACAUAAACGUAGGCUACAACACGGGCGACGACAGGCUCUUCCUCGUGUCGCCGCUCAUCAUCUGCCACGAGAUCAACCAGAACAGUCCAUUCUGGGAGAUCUCACCGGCCCACCUGGCCAAGGAGGAGCUGGAAAUAGUCGUCAUUCUGGAGGGCAUGGUCGAGGCCACGGGCAUGACGUGCCAGGCACGGAGUUCAUACGUGAGCAGCGAGAUCAAGUGGGGCUACCGCUUCACGCCCGUGCUCACGCUGGAGGACGGCUUCUACGAGGUGGACUACAACAGCUUCCACGACAUCUACGAGACCAACACGCCGGCUUGCAGCGCCCGCCAGCUGGCUGACAUGAACGGUCGCGCCCGCCUGCCCCUCACUUGGUCCAUGGCCAGCAAGCUGAGCCAGCAGGGCCUGGCGCCCGAGGCCGAGCGCCAGGACCCGCGGACUCAGCGCAACGGAGACGUCGCCAACGCCGAGACCGAGUCCAAUGUGUAGCUACUGCUCCACACGCACAGUCCAGUAUUUGACCAGUAGUAAUAGGAAAAAAAACUAGAUGCCGUGUUCAGGUCUCACUGACCACGAGAUUGCUCUUAUUUUUUCUAUUACAAUAUUCCUAUAGGGAUGUUUGCAUAUUAAUUAUUUUUGUACAUAAUGUGAGAUGCUUUGGACUCCUCGUUUUUGGGUUUGCCGUGUGAAUAUUUGACAGAUGUUUGAUACUAACGCACUGGUUUAGCUUGGGCCUGUACAUAAUCUAUGCCUUAUUUACUGUCGACUGUCAAGCUUUUAUUUUCACAGAUGUACACCAACCGGCCACAACAUUAGGCACACCUGCACAAUCUAAGGACUUCGGAUGAAAGAGUAUUGAAAAAAAUCAAAGUUUAAAAUAAAUAUACAUUUGCAUUUUUUUAUUGAAUAGUUUAUUUACUUUAUUUGUAUUUAAUAUAUUUUUUGAUUAUUAAUCUUACCUUUCGUCAAGGGUUAGUUAGGUUCUCCUACAUUGAUGCGAAUGAAAGUGUUACCUUUGUUCUAUAAAGGGCUAACUAUAUGUUUAUUAUUAUUACUAUAGCAUGCCAGUAUGCUGAGAGCAUCACUAAUAUAAAUAAAUAUAUAACAUUCUUGAAAAAUAAAAAGCACAUUUAAUAAGAGUAUGUAAUAUAUACUACUAUAUAUACAAUUUAAAAAGAACACUAUUUAUGUAUACUGUACUGUAUAUUUCAUGGACAUAACGUGCAAUACGCUUUAUAUAUUUAAAAAAUACAACGAUAAAAUAUUAAAAAAUAAUUAAAUAAAGAAAGAAAUUGUAUAAUGUAGAUUAAUUUUUUUUAAUUUUGGGGUGAGCUUUAUUUAGCUACAUUAGAAGGAUAACUAUUAGAAAGUCCUCAAUGAUAAUGAACCUAUAAUGCAGAAAAUAACCCAGCAGAUAUCCUCAAAUCCCCCCAAAUUCUGAUUUCUAAAACGCAAUCGGGUUCCAAUAACCAACUAAAACUAAAACUAGUUGCUGUUGAGCGGAAUCUCCACAUUCCCAAAACCAUCAUUUCUCCCAAAAAUUGAAAAGAACAUUUCAAAAACUGCCUCAUUUUCAAAGAUCUUGAGCUUUUUAAUAUUUUAGAUUGAUUAAUUAAUUUGUAAAAAUAACAGACCCACGUUGGGACCGACUAAUAGUAUUAAUUUGUGAAAAAAUAUAAACUGACCACAUUUGGUCAAAGGCUUCCACCUGAUUUAUUGUGACUGUAAAGUUAUCAAUUGUGACUUGAUUUCUCAUAUUGGAUCCAAUUAAGACUGUGCUGGUGUGCCUAAUGACGUGUCCCAUGUGUGUUUUAGCAUGUACAAACAUGAAUUAAUCCUGUAUGGUGUGUUUUAUUUCUUGUGUCCGGCGGUAAAGGAGACGCACACGCAAUCUCCACUUUGGAAAACCAAUGACAAGCUCUUACUUUGAAGCCCCUCCCCUUCUCUCUCUGCGCCCCGCCCCCUGCCACCAGCUGCUUGCGGAACGUUCCGCAUACUCGGCACUUCCUGCGGAAAGCCAUGACUUUGACCUGCCCUUUAAAAAAAAUAAAAAAAAAAUAAAGCCUUUUCACACUUUUUUUGCACAUCAGAGAGAGAGCUCGUCGCUGUUGCAGUUAAAACCCCAAACCCUUAAACCUCUCGAAAAAAACAAACAAAAACUCACGCUUCACCUAACAGUAUGAUAAUAACUAAUAAUAAAUAAACUGUUACUUGCA